UGCAUAGGUAACUCUAGCAUAUUAAAGUCGUGUUAGCGUUAAAAAUUGUUUUGUAUCGGAAGCAUAUAACACUUAUUCAUGCAAAAAAGGAAUUCUGUGUUCGACGCAUUUUCUUAAAAAGUUUCCAAUCGCAUGCGAUCUACCUAUACCUACGCGACUGAGUAAAUUGAUAUCGUUUUAUGGUUUUCGAUAUGUAAUACUCCUGGUACUGAAGGUCUUCCUUUAAAGACAAGUCUUGUGGAAAACUGAAAGCUGGAAUCGUAUAACGUCAGUCGUUAUUUUAGUUAUUUGCAAUUCGUUUGGCUGUCGAUACACGUUAACUGAAAUGGAAGAAAAUUCGAAAAGAAUCGUCAUUGUUGGUGGAGGACUUGUUGGGGCUUUAUGUGCAUAUUAUUUUGGAAAAAGGGGCUACAGGAUAGACCUGUACGAAUACAGGGAAGAUAUAAGAAGAUCCAAAUCCCCAAGAGGACGAUCAAUCAAUUUGUCGUUGUCUAAUAGAGGAAGACUAGCUUUGAGAGACGUAGGUUUAGAAGAAGAGGUCCUGAAGAGUGCCGUGCCCAUGGUAGGAAGAAGAGUGCAUUUCCAGAAUGGAAAGGUACAGUCCAUUUUAUACGACGAAUUUACCAAUCAGUGUAUAUACUCAGUUGGGAGGAAUUUCCUAAACAAAUUUCUACUCACAGCGAUCGAAAGUCUUCCAAACGUCCUGCUCCAUUUCGAUUGUAAAUUAAUCGAUGUAAACCUAAAAACAGACGAACUCACAUUUUACAGAUGUUCGUCGCAAGAUUAUCUUCGUGUAACCGGUGAUCUGAUAAUCGGCGCCGACGGGGCUUUUAGUUGCUUGAGGAGAUCCCUCCAGUCCACUCCCCUGUUCGAUUGCUCCCAAACUUACAUAGAUCACGGAUACAUUGAACUCAGAAUAUCUCCCGAGCAAAGUCAUCUAAUGAAGCCGAACCAUUUGCACAUUUGGCCGCGGGGAAGCAUGAUGUUGAUAGCCCUUCCAAACAUAGACAAAUCUUGGACUGUGACCCUCUUCAUGCCUCUCAGCGAAUUUGACCGCUUGGUUUACAAGGAGAUGGUUCUGGAGUUCUUUAAACAAGUAUUUCCCGAUGUUAUACCGUUGAUUGGAACAGAUCAAUUGGUAAACGAUGUAAUCAGAACGAAGCCUUCGGUUCUUGUGUCCAUUAAAUGCAGUAAGUUGCAUUACAGAGAUAAAUUUCUUAUAGUAGGGGAUGCUGCUCACGCUAUCGUACCCUUUUACGGGCAGGGGAUGAACGCGGGAUUCGAAGAUUGUACCGUUCUGAAUAAUCUUUUGGAUAAAUAUUCAGAAGAUUUCGGGCGAGUUCUAGAAGAGUUCACCAGACUAAGGGUAAGUGAUGCCCAUGCUAUAGCAGACCUGGCAAUGUACAACUACUUGGAAAUGAGGGACCUUGUUACACGACCCUCUUAUUAUUUAAAGAAAUGGUUCGACAAACAAAUGCACAGGGUUGUGGAGGACAAAUGGCAGCCCCUCUAUUAUUCCGUUACCUUCACGCACACGAAAUACGAAGUAUGCUUACAACAAAGAGACUGGCAAAGCAAGGUCCUUAAAAGAAGUCUUCUACUUUUCGGAAUCGUAGCAUUGUCUUUUUCUGCUUUAACAUUUAUAAACAUAACGUAGUAAUUAAUUUAUUAUAUAAGUUUUAAACAAUCUUUGCUGCACAUGAGACUCAAUAAAAUCUUCACUUGAUAUUGUUAAAGAGAAUUAUGCAAAUAUUCUUUGCUUUAUCCUAUAUAUAAUCAACUUUCUUUCCCUGCAAUAAUAUUAAGACUUUGAUAACUCGAAUAGCACUU